AGACCAGCGAAAGAAAAACAUGUUUUUAAAAUUUAAUACGAGGCUAAGAUAUCUGUACGCAAUUUGGGCUUUCCUGGAAUGUUUGGGAUUUAGUGGGCUUUUACAGGGGUGGGGUUCAUUGGUGUAUGUUUUAAAAGAUGAGGGCAUCUAUUCGGAUUUAUGUGGAGACCACUUCCAAAAUAACUCUACAGUUUCAAAUGAUACAAAAAAUGAUACAGACGGCGCUAACAAAAGUAGCGGCUGUCUUGAACAGGACUCGAAGCUGGCUUCCAUCUUCACGGUCGCCUCCUCCCUGUACGGCUUGUGCAGCGUAUUGCUGGGGCAGGUUUCCUUCAAGUUUGGGGCACGGGUUACCCGCCUUAUUGCCGUAUCAUUUUAUGUUUGUGGGGCGCUAAUGUUGGCAUUCACGACCAAAGAGUUACCUUGGUUAGCAUACCCUGGGCUGAUGUUGAUCGGCUUUGGUGGUGUAACCAUGAUCAUCACCUGCAUGCAAGUGGCCAACCUGUUCCCGCUGGGAGGAUCUGUGGUCAUUGGCUUUCUCAAUGGAGGAUUUGACACGUCGUCAGGCGUUCAGCUGAUGGUCAAGUUUGGAUACGAGAAUGGAAUCAGCAGGCGGACGUCUUACGUCAUCAUCGCCUGCUGUCAGGUGUUCACACUCAUCUCCAGUUUGUUCUUUUAUCCGAAGGAUUUUAUCCGCAAAAAUACCCAGGACCCCGUGAUUGCAUCAGAGGUCAAACAAGACAAUACAGAAUCAGAGACAGGCAAAGUGCAACAGACGGAAACAGAUAAGAACAUGGAGCGACAAACUGGAAAAGACACAAACACAGACAGAGAACUCAAAGAACAUGAAGGUUCUGGAACAUUUCGUGGCCUACUGAGACACGUGGUGUCCUUGACCUUUAUACUGCACGUGAUGUGGGUGUCUUGUCUUCAGCUCCGAUUUUUCUUCGUGCUGGGGUCAAUCAACACCAGUUUACAGAAGAUGGUCAGUUCACAGGCUGAAGUCAGCCACUACACCAACGUGAUGUUGUACACAAUGAUGACCGGCAUCUUCGUCUCCCCCGUCGCUGGAUUCUUCUACUCCUGGCAGACCAAAAUCUUUGCCAACAGCGUGUCCAGCGUACGACGCCAGGUGAUGCCGUCAGUGCUCCCCCUAGCGGCGACCACCGUGUUCAGCGUCAUCAUGUCCAGUCUCCUGCUGGUCAAUGACCCCCGGGUCUUGUACGCCUUCUUCGUCUUCCUGGUGCUACAGCGGUCAUUUCUAUUCACCAUGUUCGCUGCUUACAUCGCUGCCAUCUUCCCUAGCUGUUACCUGGGCAGUCUGCUUGGGAUCGCCAUCUUCACCGCUGGGGUCAUCUCAUUCUUCCAGUACGCCCUCUUCGCUUGGCUGGAGACUGGCGGACUUUUACAGGUGAACAUCUUUCUGUUGGUGUUGGCGUGUGUCACAUUAGUUCAUCCCCUGUACCAGUGGUGGGCGUGUCGUAGAGCGGAGGUCAGACAGUUCGUGGAUUCGAACCCGCAGAUGACAGGACAGGAGUAGGUAGAGUGAACCAGGUGCCACACGGAGGCCUGGAGUCACACUAGGUCCUGGUCACUAUAGAGACCAUUAGUAAAUCUCAGGAUUGGAUACAGUUCCCAAAACAGUCCACUUAAAAUUGACAGCUUAUCUGUAGAAGAUGACCUGCUAGUGGCAUGUUCACUUCCAGCUAGUUAGAACACAUCACGGGGUUCUGUGGGUUGGUUAGUCGAUGUCAAUCGAGAUCUUGAAAUCCAAAAAUAGUAGAAGAUAAACCUCCAUUUAAAAGACGAAAGGCAAACUUGUGACUUACACCCGAAGAAAGUUAACCUUUUGAAUCUCUGUUGUUGACAUAAGCAGCAGAUGUAAUGAUGCUCAAGGGCAGGGGUCUCCAAACUUUUUAGUCCGAGGGCCGCAUUGACUAUCAAAUUUCAGUUCGGGGGCCAGUUUCUUCCUGGCAUGUCUUUGAUUUUUCUGGGCAAAGUUCCUCAGCCAUCACCUAUCAACGUUUUUUCCGUGGACAAAAAGAUCUCCGCGGGCCGGAUGAGAGGACCUCGCGGGCCGCAUCCGGCCCGCGGGCCGUAGUUUGGAGACCCCUGCUCAAGGGGACUGAAAUUUCGAUAGAAAGGAGCCUGGCGAUUUAUUACAUGAUGAAAUACCACGGAUAGACAUUCAAAAGUUAAAUAUUUACAUACAAUAAAAUUUAU